CUUUCAUUUUUGCAGGAAAAGAAAAAAAAAUGAGUCAGUUAUUUUCUGCUUCAAUAGGGUCAGCAAUAGGAUUGACAAGUGUAGCUUGUUUAAGUUCAAUUGCAAUAUCUAUCCAACGUAGAUUUUAUCACGAUACAUCAUCAACUCAGUUUGGAAAAGACCCUUCACCUUUAAAAUAUGAUCAUGUUCGAGACUAUACAGUGCCAUUCUCUGAUGAAAAUCGUUUAAUUAGAAUCCUUUUUAAUACACUUGUGAUGACAAUAAUGAGUUUUUAUGAUCUUUACAACUCUGUUAGUCAGUUUUCUCAAAAUAAAGUUGAUUCUGAUACAGCCACUUUGAAUAUUAUAUCAAAAUCAUUAGUAUGUAUCUCAUGGAUGUAUGCACUCACCCUUACUGUCAUUUCUCGAAGGUAUAAGCUUCCUAAUAAAUGGGGCUUUAUUCUUAAUAUUCAUUUAUUUGUAUAUUAUACGACAUCACUUAUAGUAUCACUUUACUCUCUAUGGGAGGUCUUUAUUUUACGUCACGAAAGUCAUCUAUCACUCGCAGAGGGUUUACCUUUGAUACUUGCAACCCUCUUUUCUUUCGAUCUCUUUUAUACUACUGGUUCCGCUGAACAAGGCCCUCCCUUUUUAGAUGUACAUGGUGAUAAUGAAGAGAAAGAAGGUGAACCAGCGCCGGUUGUUGGAGUUACGGUAGCUUCUAUUUUUAGCUUUUUAUACUUCAAUUGGGGGACACCAGUUGUGAUGAGCGUCUAUCGAAACGCAAAGGAGAUUCAUUUACCUAGUUUGCCUCCUGAUUAUCGUGGCUAUAAUCUAUUUUAUCUAUUUGGUGAAGAACGAGGUCGUUCCUUGGUUUAUCGUCUUAUUCAUGCCAAUUUAUUAGCUAUUCUAUUUCAAUCAAUCACAACCGCCAUCUCUGCUAGUCUUUACUAUGCUCCAGCUUUCUUUUUAAAUAAAUUACUCGAACUUAUUCAAGCAAUUGAUGCUGGAAGACCCAUUGAUUUUUAUUUUGUUAAAGGUCUCCUUAUUGUAUCUGGAUUAUCUUUAUCAUUGAUGAUUUUAAGUAUAGUUGUUGGACAAGUCUAUUACUGGAGUUCAUCAUCAUUGCGUAUUCGAGUGAAGGCUAUGUUAAAUAUUGAACUUUAUCGUAAAACACUUCGUCGAGUAUGUUCAGCAGAUAUCAAUCGAGAAAUGAAAGAUGACGAAAAAGGGAAAGGGAAAGGAAAAGAGAAUAAUGAUAAAAAGGCUAUACAUUCAACAGCUACAACUACAAAUACAGAUGAUAAUAAUCAAAGCAACUCAGUGGGUACCAUUGUCAACUUGAUGAGUACUGAUUCGCAACGUAUAUCUGAUUUUACUACUUCCUGGUUUGUCAUUAUUGAAGCACCUAUUGAAUUGAUUGUUGGGAUAUCAUUUCUUUAUUCAUUGCUUGGAUCCUCAUGUUUGUUGGGUUUAUGCGUCAUGAUUAUCACGCUUCCUUUGAAUCAUUACAACUCCAUUAUGUUGGCAAGGACUCAAGAAAAAUUAAUGGAAGCUCGUGAUAAGCGUGUAUCUUUAAUGAACGAAGUACUGCAAGGCAUUCGUCAAAUUAAAUUUUUUGCUUGGGAAACAAAUUGGGAAAAACACAUACUGGAAGCUAGAGAUGUUGAAAUUAAGCACUUGAAAACAACAUUCGUUAGUGAAGUUUUAUUCAACUUUUUAUGGCAAGGAACACCUUUGCUAGUAACGAUUGUUUCAUUCUUUACGUUUACUAAACUUCAAGGGCAAGUGUUAACAGCUCCGAUUGCAUUUACAGCCAUUACAGUUUUCACAGAACUCAGAUCUGCUUUAAAUAGUUUACCUGAAACAUUUGUUGACAUCUUACAAGCCCUUAUUAGUGUAAGACGUAUUGAAUCUUAUUUAAAUGAGGAUGAAGUAUCUCCACCUACAACCAAUUUAGAUCCUAACUGUCGAGUUCAUAUUGGAUUCAGAAAUGCAACAGUUGCUUGGUCAGAGUUACCAAAUUCACUAUCGGACGAUGAGUCUACUACAACAGGGACCUCAGCGAAUAAUAACUUGUUAUCUCAACCAUCCUUAAAUUCAACUACUACAUCAUCAACUACCAACAUGAUGAAUAGCUUAGAAGAACCGGAUACGAUAUUCAUGCUUCAUGAUUUGAACUGUCAUUUCCCGAAUGGUCAAUUAAGUAUCAUCUCUGGCGCAACUGGCUCCGGUAAAACAUUAAUGAUGCUCAGUUUAUUAGGAGAGACGACUCUGAUUAAAGGUGAAAGCUUUUGUCCGCGUGCCCCUAUAGCAGAGGACCUUGACUCUAAGUUAGAUCAAGUUCCACGCAAUAUCACUAGAAAGGACUGGAUUUUAGAUCAUGCUGUUGCUUAUGUUUCACAAACAGCAUGGUUACAAAACGCCACCAUUCGUGAAAAUAUUUUAUUUGGAUUACCUUAUAUGGAAAAGCGUUAUAAGGAAACAUUAUAUGCGUGUGCCUUGCAUAAGGAUUUAGAAAUUUUAGAAGAUGGUGAUGCAACUGAAAUUGGUGAAAAAGGAAUUACUCUUUCAGGGGGUCAAAGAGCUAGAGUAGCUCUUGCAAGAGCUGUAUAUUCGAGAGCAAAAAACGUUUUAAUGGAUGAUAUCCUUAGUGCUGUAGAUGCUCAUACUGCUCGGCAUCUUCAUGAUAAAUGUCUUGUUGGACCAUUAAUGGUGGGUCGUACUCGAAUUCUAAUUACACAUCAUGUUGGCUUAUGUAUAUCAGAGGCAUCCUAUAUUGUUCAUCUUGAAAACGGUCGGAUUCAUCUUUGUGGAUCACCUGAAGAAUUAGAGGCUGAAGGAGUAUUAAAUUUAAUUCUGGAUGAUGUGGUUGCUCCCGCAGAAGACGAACAAAAAGAGACAAUAGAGAAGGAGAUUGAAAUGAUUGAUCCAGAUGUGACCAUUCAUACGGUAAUGGCUGAUUCGAAAAAGGCGGACCAUUCUUCACCUCGAGUAUUAGUUAAAGAAGAGACAAGAGCCAUUGGUCGUGUUAAAACAAGGAUGUAUAAGACUUAUUUAAAGGCAUUAGGUGGUCCUCUUUUUUGGGUUAUUGUAUGUGGGGUUAUUCUUGGCUCUCGUAGUUUAGAUGUUGCAGAAAGUUGGUGGAUUAAGAAAUGGGUACAUUCUAAUGAAUCUAAUAUGACAGCUUCAAAUGCUUCAUUUUUUAAAAGAGUUCAAUAUACAUUCAUGGGACAGCAAUUAUCUACUAUCACAGGUUCUACUUUAAUAGAUAAUGAAGGCGGAUCCUUAGAAUUUAUACCUACUGGCAACAAAAAUUUUGGUUUAUUUUCUACAAGUAUCACAGAAAACUCUGAUCAGCUCAACAUGUAUUUAACGAUAUAUAUAAUCAUCACUACCACUAAUAUUAUUGUUGGUGCUUCUCGUUUUGCUGUAUUAUAUUAUGGCUCACUAAAAGCAAGUAAAAACUUGUAUCAAGAUCUUUUAAAGCGUAUCUUACAUGCCCCUAUGCGAUACUUUGACACAACACCUAUUGGUCGUAUUCUUAAUCGAUUUUCAAAGGAUUUUGAAUUUAUUGAUUCAGGUGUUCCAAAUGAUUUGAUGUAUUUCUUAAUUCAAUGGAUUAUCAUGAUUUCAGCUGUCUUGACUGUUUGUUUCGUUCUACCUGCCUUUAUAAUACCUAUGGCCGUUGUUACGUUCCUUAAUAUAAUGGUUGGAAAGCGAUUCACGGCCGCCUCGAGGGAAUUAAGACGUAUGGAUUCUGUCACUCGAUCUCCAUUAUUUACUCACUUUGGUGAGACAUUAGUUGGUGCUGCUACGAUUCGUGCUUAUGGUGUCACUAGACAAUUCAUGAAUGAGUUUUUAAGAAGAGUAGACACUAAUUCUAGACCAUUUUAUUAUGUAUGGAUAGCAAAUCGUUGGGUUGGAGUUCGUUUCUCCUUUUUGGGCGCUGCAGUUAACUUUUGUACUGGUGUCUUUAUCUUGCUUAGUCUAAAUUAUAUGGAUGCUUCGCUUGCAGGUUUUUGUUUGAGUUUUGUAUUGACUUAUACUUCACAGAUGACAAUGGCUAUUAAGAGAUAUACUCGAUUAGAAAUGAGUUUUAAUGCUGUUGAAAGAAUAGUAGAAUUAAUGGAAAUUGAGCAAGAACCUCCAGCUAUAACUAACUUAAGACCACCAACGGAGUGGCCACUUGAGGGUAAAAUCGAAGUCAAAGAUCUUGAAGUGCGUUAUGCUCCAGACUUAGACCCAGUUUUAAAGGGCUUGACAUUUUCAAUAAAAGCCAAAGAAAAGAUUGGUGUUGUUGGAAGAACUGGCAGUGGAAAAUCCACUUUAGCUCUCUCAUUCUUUAGAUUUGUUGAGCCUUCGGCUGGAACUAUUUUUAUCGAUGGCAUUGAUAUAUGUCAAAUUGGUACUAAAGAUCUUCGAAGUAAUUUGACAAUCAUUCCACAAGAUCCUAUAUUAUUCUCUGGAAGUUUAAGAUCCAAUUUAGAUCCUUUUGAUGAAUUUGAUGACGAUGAUAUUUUAGCAGCAUUGAGAAGAGUAGAGUUAAUUCCUUCUGAGGACGAUGUUGAUGUUCCUGAAGCAAGUGAUCAACACAGCCAUGAAGAAUUAAAUGCGAAUAUUUUUACAGAUCUCGAAACACCUGUCAGUGAAGGUGGUUUAAAUUUUUCACAAGGUCAAAGACAACUUAUUUGUCUUGCUCGUGCAUUGUUAAAACGAAACCGUAUUGUAUUUAUGGAUGAAGCCACAGCCAGUGUUGAUUUCGAAACCGAUGAAGCUAUACAAAAGACGAUUGCAUCUGAGUUUGCUGAUUGUACCAUCCUAUGUAUCGCUCAUAGAUUACGAACUAUUAUGGAAUAUGAUAAGAUCUUAGUACUCGAUCAGGGAGAAAUCAUAGAAUUUGCAAACCCCUUAGAAUUAUUAAAUAUACCUGACUCUAUAUUCAAUAAGAUGUGUGAAAAUUCAGGCGAAUAUGAAACACUUGUUGCAUUAGCUAAACGAAAACAUCAACUUGUUGAUGUAUUAUAGUAAAUAAAUACACUUGCUAUCAUGUUUUGUAGAUUUCAAUAAAAAAUAAUACUCUUCGUACAAUUC